GGUAACCUGCCUGAUCAGCUAUAACGGAUGCCUUCCAAAUUUGACGAUAAGGGUGCCACCGCUACAGCAACACAAGAUGCGUGUCGAUGCCAGAGGACAACUACCCGAUCCGUCCUCGACAGUCCACGACAAGGGUCCUUUCAUCCUUGCCAUUGCCGUCACGCUGGUCUCACUCGCGCUAUUGACCUUCUCGCUCAGAAUCUACACACGUGGAAGACUCCUUCGCUCCUUCGGCAUCGAUGACUACAUGGCCGCAAUAGCUGCGUCAUGCCUACUCGGAGCUCUAAUCACAAUUGCCUGCCUCGUCAAUCUAGGUUUCGGGAAGCAGUCAUGGAGUGAGACCUCAGACAACAAUCCAUUUGAAUUCAGCCCUUUGAUUUGGUCAUAUUCUUUACUCAUCAUCAUCGCCAUUGGCCUCGUGAAGCUCUCGGUUGCUUUCUUCAUAUUGCGCAUAUUCGAACGAAGAUACUGUCGCCAUUUUCUUUACGUUAUCAUUUGCCUUUUGGUUGCCCUGACGCCCGUAUGGUUUGGAUCGACACUCUUACAAUGUAUACCAGUUGCCGCAACAUGGAACACCUCGACUCGGUCUGGGGCUCGGUGCAUGUCACGAUCGGCGUACAUGACAUUGAGCCUGGUGAACAACUCGCUCAAUGCGGGCACCGACUUGCUGCUAGUCAUUCUUGUGCUCCCCAUAGCCUGCAGCCCUUCACUAGGUCUCACAAACCGAGUGUUCAUCAUUUUGGUGCUCUCUCUAGGGCUUAUCGCUUGCGCAGCAGCCAUCGAACAAAUGAGACUAGUCUUCAAUAUCUGGAAGACCAAUGAAACAGACAACAUGCACGACAUGGCCUUCGUUGUUUGGAGCAUUGUCGAGUUAGCUACCGCCCUCUUAGCUGCGUCUCUUCCCACACUGAAGCCUCUUGGAAAAAGUCUACUCGAGUCAUUCCGUAAGCGGCAAAAUCGCACCUCUAACCCCAUCCCGAGCACAUCCAUACCUCACUCAAAUUAUUCCUCCUACCACUCCAGGUACUCAAGCCGAACUGUCAUCUACCGCCCGAACACUGCCUACCUCCCUAGCCUGAGUCGCUUCCAUGACGACGUAUCGAAUCUCGACUUCGACAUUGAGACACGUACCACACGAACGCGAACACAAACUAUGCGAACCCGCACGACACACAGUAGGAACGUGAGUGACUGGAGUCAAUUCUCAGGUUUCACGUAUUACACAACCGCGACAGAACCUCCGGACCUAGAGCAUAUGACAACACGCUCCGCUGGAGCCAGUGUGACUGAGUUGGAGGAUAUUGUGAAGGCACUUGGACUCGGGAGAGACGUUGGGCGUGAGCCAGAUGUCCUACCUGCGAUCACGGCGAUGGACAGUACGUUGCCCCAUGAGAGGGGUGAUGGUGUAGAGUUAGUGGACAUGGAGAGAGACAUUGGAGAUGAUGAGAUUCGUUCGAGCGAUGGAGGCUAUGGCCAAGAGGAAAGGAGCAUGACUGGUAUAGAUCUCCCCAACGCUCGUGCUGUUUGAAUAAUUGUGGUGACUGCUAGAACGAACUUUUAACCAUUAGAGGUGGCAUGCUCUAUGAUAGAUGAAUUAAGGGUAUAUCAUUUUCUAUAUAAUACUCGUUCCAGAUACCCGACUGGUGGCGUAUCUGGAUAUGUGGGUGUGCUCACCUCUGUAUAUUUUCAAGUCUCACGACUCAAAUUCAAAGUUUCAUG